AUGAUCAACAUUCCAACUUCGAUUCUUUGCCGCUUGGGAGCCAGAUCGGCGAUUUCCCGUUCGUUCGGAACAUCUGUAGUUACCAAGUCGGAGGCAAAGACUCCUAUUCAAAAGUUCGGAUGGGAAUACCUCAAGAAGCAGCGCGACAUGAAACGCCCGAUCGCUCCACAUCUCACCAUCUACCAGCCACAACUCACCUGGAUGCUUUCUGGAUUCCACAGAAUCAGUGGAUGCGUGAUGGCUGGAACUCUUCUUGUUGGUGGACUCGGAUUCGCCGUUCUUCCACUUGAUUUCACCACCUUCGUCGAGUACAUCCGUGGAUGGAAUCUACCAUGUGCUGUUACCGCUGUCUUCAAGUACAUCAUCGCAUUCCCAAUCAUCUUCCAUACUCUUAACGGUAUUCGGUUCCUUGGAUUCGACUUGGCAAAGGGAGUUGACAACAUCGGACAGGUUUACAAAUCUGGAUGGUUGGUAUUCGGAGUCUCAGCUGUCAUUGCUCUCGCCAUUGUCAUCAACUCUUGCCAGAACAAGAGCAAGGCCGUCAAGACUGCUUAG